AUGUCAAGUGAAUGCUUGUUUUCGAGUUUUUGGGCGCCCUUGUAUGAUCGAAAGAUUUUGAAUUACCGUGUCGAUGCGAAAUUCGAUCCCGAUGUCGGGAGAAACAACAGAGACGAAUAUCAAAGAAAAAACGGCUAUAGAGGAGAGGAGUUGAUAGCAGACUUAGGAAAAGGAAAAGGACCGGAUAAUCGAUCUAAAAAGGACUAUGGCGAGGUGAAAUUGUACUACACAAAGAAAUAA